GAAUCAUACCACGCUCGUACACGCGCUCCUUGCCAUAACACUCCCUUCGUUGACACGUCGGUGUAUACCACGGUGUACGAGCUCCCACGCCUCCUUCGCACGACAAAGCUUAGUCAUCUGUUCGCACGGCCUGCUCUGCUUCCGACUGCACUUGCAGCGGCGAGGAAAUCUGACCCUCCUGGGACGCAGAUUUACAUCCUAGAAGGUACCAGCGGUAAUAGAUGCCUGAGUUUACAAGGCCUUGUCAAACGCACCCGAAAGGGCUCUCUCUCUCUCUCUCUCGAGAGAGAGAGAGAGCCUGUCUGUCCUACAAUGGUGAAUGCGCUGGUAUACCUCGUGUUCUCGAGACGGGGUAGUGGCUCGUCAAGAGCUGUCAUGAUUUGGCGUGGGAACAUCCGGAAGAUGGUGCUUUCGCAAGGUAUAUGGAGAGAAAAAGAGGUAAAGCACCUCCAGGUGCACCUGGAUGUCUUGCUCGCCGCGCGUCAGAUGACCCUUUCCCUAGCUGGCUCUGCUCAAAGAACCUCUCCUUGCCCUGUGUUUCCGGACAACGUACUGCGCCUACCCACUGAACGUCGUCAUAUUUCGCAUCAUCAAUAUCGAUCCUAUGACUUGGAUCGUCGUGGAGAAAUAGCACGCCAAUGCAGCCAUGAAAGCAAUCCCCACGUACCGCAUCAAUGACUGAUCUCUGCCCCCAUCACUGAUGCAUCUGGUCCCGACCUCAGCGUAGUAGGUACUUGGAGUAAUAUUCAUCUUGCAGGAGAAAGGAUAAUAUACAGAUGACGAUGAAUGAGUACAAUGCAAGAGUAAACCAGCGCCAGCCUACGCGUGCGCGGAGGCAC